AUGGACGAGGGCGAGCGGGAGCCGUCGCAGGCUCACCAGAGCCCGGCACAAAGACGCUCGCCCCGCAGCAGGCACCGCGUCCGGCGCGGCCAGGGAUACGGGGAGAAGGAGGAGGAGGAGGCGCCCGCACGCCGAGCCCGCCCGCCCGGCACAAGCCCCGCCCAGAGCCUCGGCCCCGCCCACGGCCGCCGCCCGCCUGCGCCUGCGGGAGGGGCGGCGCGGGGCGGGGUUCCUGCGAGCUCGCGCAAAAACUCCAAUGCUGCAACUGAGAGUAUCAUGCAACAUGCCAGCGAAUCUAACGGCCACACUGUGAACCCACCGACAACUCCAGUUUCAGUGGUGCCAAGCGACGUAACAGCUGCCACUGUGAAACCUACAACCAUUUCUAAAGUGCCAGCCCCAGGGGACUCAACACGUGUGACUUCUACUGCCUUAAAACCUACACCCAAAGCCACCAGUGUUUCACCAAAUGUGACCCAGAUGUCAACAUUCUUGGUAACCACAGCCCACAAUAGUUUGCUGACGCCUGUAACAACAAGAACUCACUCUAAGGAAAGUCAAGGAUCAAACUUUGACAGGGACAGCUUUGUUGAUGAUAUUGUACUAACACUGGGAGUUUUAUCUACCUUUUAUGUUGGGUGCAAAGCAUAUUGCUCAAGGAGAGACAUUCAGUAUAGAAGCAUUGAUGAACAUGAUGCCAUCAUUUAA